ACGUUUACACAACUAUAUAUUCUAGGAAAAGUUCGGUCCAACUCGAAAAAUCAGCUCUUGGCAUAAAUAGAAUCUCUAGCUAAACAUGGCUUCUACGAACAGAUGGCUCAAACCUGAGGUGUAUCCACUGUUUGCGGCGGUUGGUUUUGCUGUCGGAAUUUGUGCCAUGCAACUUGUGAGGAAUAUCUCCACCAACCCCGAAGUGAGGGUAACCAAAGAGAACAGAAGUGCUGGAAUUCUUGAGAACUUUGAAGAAGGUGAGAGAUAUGCAGAACAUGGGCUCAGGAACUUUGUCCGCAAGAGGCCUUCUCAGAUUAUGCCAUCCAUUAACAACUUCUUCUCAGACCCAAAUUAAAGCAAAAAUUCUUCCACGUUGUGCGUUGAGAAUGUUUUUGCCUAUUAGAUUUAUUGAAUUGGAGAUAUUAGGCAAAGAUAUUGUUUUUCUACAGAAAGGGUACGAGACAAUUGCAUUGUUGAUUGACAAGUUGUUCAGAUAUCCUUCUUGAAUAAUAAAACUUAAUGUCAGAUCUCAUAUGGAUUCCUCUUUUUA